CAACAACCACACACCCACAUCCACCUCCCACACCCACACCCCACUCCCUCGCACCUCACCCCUCACGCCGUACACCCAGCGACGACCGCCAGACUCACCCUACACACGCAGAACCCAUACCACACCCGCCUGUGGAUGGUCCUCGUCGUCACAGGCUGCGACGACGACAACGACACCGGAUAGCGUGGGAACAAGGAGACCGAGGAAGAGAGUGAGAGAGGGAGAGAGAGGGAGAGGACGGGCCGCGAAUAGUCAUUGUCCGAGGCCGUUGCUCAUCUAAUUCAGUCUGCCACGAGCGCCACGCAUAUACCAUUGGACAAAGAACCGCGCGCGUCAAAGACAGCCGCGCCAACAAUACCAACCAGCUCUUGGUAUACAACCCGUCGGUCGGCAACCUCACUGCCACCAACAUCACUGCCUGUCAUCCGCCAUGUCGCAGAAUUUCACAGGCCGCACGGCUCCCAACGUGUCCCAGUAUCUGCAGGGCCUGAACGAGUUGCCAGCACCGGGUCAUAUCCAGAACGACUUCACCUUCGACGAUGCUUUCGACAUCGCUAAUGUUGACUUCCUCGACCUAGACGCUGCGGGCUUCGGAGACCCUACUUCCUUCGAGCCGGACAAUACCAAGGAUGGACAAAAGUACCAGUUUAAUGACUUCCAGACCUUCCCUGCCAAUGUCACCUCUCCGUCCUCCGUCAUGCCGUCACCAUCGCUCGUGCAUGGCAACUUCCAAGCCCAGCCAUUCGCCCAGUCGCCCAUGACAGGUGACAAGCGCAAGGCUUCUGUCGCCUUGGCUUCAUCUUCUGCUGACCUCGAAGAGCAAUCUCGAAUGGCUGCUGAGGAGGACAAGCGUCGGCGCAACACUGCCGCGUCUGCCCGCUUCCGUAUCAAGAAGAAGCAACGUGAGCAAGCCUUGGAGAAGCAGACACGGGAAAUGAGCGACAAGCUUGCCUCCUAUGAAGCUAAGGUUCAGCAGCUCGAGAUGGAGAACAAGUGGUUGAAGUCCCUCAUUACCGAAAAGACUCCUACUGCGAACCUCGACUUCUCCGCAAUGAAGAAGGAAGCCGAAGAGCAAAUAGCGGAGAAGCGUGUCGACGGCGUGGGCACCAAGACUGCCGACGCCGACGGCGCAGCUGAAGCGUGAGCAUGAACGUCGGUUGACACUCGCUCUCUCAUCGCACGCGUACGGGCAACAGGAUCUACGCGUGGGAUGGGUGCGGCAGAAAAGCACUCCUUACAUUUCCCCUGCUCCGGGACGCAUGUCAUGAUUCAUGUCUCUCUGUUCUCAUUUGACUCUCCAGGUGCUCAGGGUUUGCAUAGACAGCGUCGAUUGGGGCGGCUUUCUCAACCAGCAUGACCAAGUCUUCUGACUUGUACCUACCUACUUACUAGCGAUUGAUACCACUCUGGGUCCUACAAUCCGAAAUGAAUGCAAUUCUUCUUGUUGACUUGAGAACAUUAUUCCACCUACAUCUCGUUACUCAAGGACCGUGUGCGCCUCAAUGGCACGUAAUGUAACAUGAUGAGUGACGCAGUGCCCCUGAUACUUCGUCUCACUCAGCAUCCGGGCGUCAGGACGGCACUUGUGCAACAGCCCCC